AUGUCGGGUGCUUUCACCAUGCCCCAUGCCCUAACGGGAGGUGCCGGCUACAAGGCCAACCCAACCUACGACAACUUCCUGCGCGAACACUCAUCAUUCUACCGCCGCCACAGCGCCGCCUCCGCCGCACAAGACGCCGAUCGUCGCGCUUCGCAGGCCCAAGAUCAGGCUGCCGCCGAUGCUGCGCAAGCUACCGCUAACGUCGCCGCCGAGAACCAGCGUCGAGGCAGUAUCCAGUCUGCUGGUGGCGGCGCUGCCGUUGCUAAUCAGCGCAAAGGAAGCGUGGCUGUUGCCAGUGAUAGUGACAGGAAGGACAGUGUAUUCGGCAUGGAAGCCACGGCUGGUGUCAGGAUGGAUGAGGGUCGCCGGCCUAGUACCAGUCUGGCCAGUGACUUGCUGCACAAGUUCAAGGGCAACAAGUGA